UGUCCUGUGUCUUGUUUUGUGUAAAUAUGCCGUUGAAGUUGUUGGGCGAGCCACCGCCACACUCCGCCAGAUUUACUUUGACUUCUGCUCUCAUAGGCGCAACCGAAGGACAGAGGCGAUUUGACAGACUACCUGCAGUGAAAAGAAACUGACGGCAACAACUCCACUACACGUCCAAGAAGACCAAAGAGAAGAAGCAGAUGGAACCACAGACUCCACAGGGCCCGAACAACCUCACCCAACAAUGGACCAUGACAAAAUAAUGGCUUACAACAACCACCACCAACAGCGGCUCAAAAAAUAAGUGUCAUAUGGACAUGAUAAUGUAUUUGGGCGUCAGCUUCAUCACCGAGUAUAACAUCACUGUAAAUGACACACAGGGAGUCGUCUCUGAUUUUCUGCAGACAGCCCUAGAGAUUCACCAGCGUUACAUUAUCGGCCUCGUCCUCUCCUGCAUUUACGCCAUUUUCCUCUGCCCCGUCGGCUUCAUCGGGAACAUCCUCAUCUUAGUCGUCAACCUGGAACACAGGGGCCGCAUGACAGCCCCGGACCUCUACUUUGUGAACCUGGCCGUGGCCGACCUCUUCCUCGUGGCCGACUCUCUGAUCGAGGUGUUCAACCUGAAGAAGGGCUACUAUGACAAGCCCGGCCUCUGCACCUUCAUGAACCUGUUCCAGCAGGUUAACAUGUACAGCAGUGUCUUCUUCUUGACCUGGAUGAGCUUUGAUCGGUUCGUGGCACUGACCAGCAGGGUGGGUCGCAGCAUGGCGCACGCGCGCCUCAGCUGCUGCUUCGUCUGGGUGUCCUCCUCCCUGCUCACCCUGCUGCCUUUCGUCAUAGCUCAAGCUCAGCACGCCGGAGAACUCGCUUUCUGUUUCGCUAAUGUGGCCCAGGUCCAGUGGCUGGAGAUGAUGCUGGGUUUCCUUCUGCCUUUCUGCACCCUGGGCCUGUGCUACUGGAGAAUAGCAAAGGUUCUCUGGCGCAGCCAGAAAGACCAAAGAGGGCGACAGCGGAGGCCUCGCAGGCAGAAAGCCCUGCAGAUGAUCUCGGCGGCGGUGUUAGUCUUCUUCCUCUGCUGGCUCCCAGAGAACGUCUUCAUAUGCGUCCACCUGCUGAGAGGGGGCACAAGCGGGGACAUGCUCUGGCAGGACUACCCGCUGACGGGUCACACUGUCAGGCUGGCGGCCUUCUCUAACAGCUGCCUGAAUCCGCUCAUCUACAGCUUCCUCGGGGAGACGUUCCAGGAUAAAAUGAGAGUUUUCCUCCAGCAGAAGAGCAAAUGGGUCAAGCUGCAAAGGUCCCCCACAGAAAGGUCCACCUAUGCUCCCUCUGCAAACGACUGCGGCCAUGCAGCGUGUGACCGACCACGCCAGUCAAUCAGCUCUGACCUCUUCUCACAAACUGUUAUAAACUGUCCCUUCAAAUCAAAACCAGCUGCACAUGGUAGCCUCACAGACAUUUGUGCUGAGUUCAAAGACAUUAAGUGAUGGAUAUUGUACAAAGAAGAAAACGAGCAACGGGGUGGUCAACUAUAAUGCACAAAAUCUAACAUUUCUUUUGAUUGAAAAGAUUCACUUGAGUUCUUUUCUAUUUUUUUUUAAAUCGUAUUUAUAAGUUUCCAUCA